GUGUGCGUGUGUUUGUGUGGACGCGCGCGUGCUAGAGGAGGCAGAACUCAGCUCCGAAUCCAGCCACGAACAACCGAGAAUGUGCGCGAAAUGCUUCACUGCUGUUCUCUGUAACUCCACAGGGCAAAUUCUGCAUGUAUAUAUGGCUUGGGGAACGUCGGAGUGACAUUGAAGAAGAGGAAGACGCAUUUCUGAACACCCAGAACCUCCCUCUCCAGCUCAUCUACAGUCAGCAUCCGUACACCGUGGACCUGUUACCACCGGACUGGUACCACUGACCAUUUCACCCUGUGUGGAUACUUCUCCAGACCGCGGAGGAUUUGCGCAAAAUUCGAACGGACCAAAUUAUGACUCAUUUUACUUUGCUUGGAUGAGUUUUUAACACCUAUUGCAUUUGAUUUGUCUGUCAGUAUACGCGUAUUAUAUUUUUAAAAAUUCUAGUUUGGCCAAAUAAGGAUAAAUAAUGACUUUUUGAUGACACUUCGUUCAAAUUAAAUAACGUUUUAUCAAAUGCGUAAAAUGGAAACCAAAGCGCGUAAAUUGACAUCGGAUUAACUCUCGCUUCGCAUCCCGGCCACAUUCCCGUGAAAAUCUAUGGAAGUAGCCGAGCUUGCUUUGAACUUGCUUUAGGCUGGGUGCCGGGAGUGUUUUCUGCGGGACGUGGUGAGGAUGCAGUCGGGGAUGCGGGCGCUCUGUGCCGGCGGAGGCGCGUCUCUCUGCUGCCUGCUUAUGCUGUGGAUGAUCUACACCCACAUCCUGAAAGAAGGUCAGUUGGCAGUAGGCACAUGUGAGAUAGUGAUGUUGAAUAGAGACAGCAGUCAACCCAAGCGCACUAUCGCCAGGCAGACGGCCCGCUGUGCCUGCCGGAGAGGACAGAUCGCUGGCACCACACGAGCCCGACCAGCAUGCGUGGACGCACGGAUAGUGAAAAGCAAGCAGUGGUGUGAGAUGUCUCCGUGUUCAGAGGGUGAGAUCUGCGGCCUGCUCUUCAACCGCUCCGGAUGGACCUGCACCAAAGGCGGAGGACGCAUUAAAACGGUCACGCCUCUGCCCAAGGAGCCGUCCUAAAGGACUUCAGAUUGCGGUGAGGAGGUUUGCUGACAUUCACAGGAGCGACGCCAAACAGGAAUCAUCCAUCAGCCCCCACACAUGUAGUGUCCAUCCCUUCAUCCCGGAGCUAAAGAUAUCCGCUGCCCUUCUCUCCAUCGUUCCCCAAACUGCAAGCGGAAGCCGUGUUUUGGUUCCAUUCAAUCAAGCUUCUCGACGGUUUCACGCAGGUCAUCGAGUCCCAGCAGUCCGCCAUAAUCUCACAACAAGAGGACGUGUGUGACAUUUCCAACAGAACCCUUGACACAAUUGAACUGUUUAAGUUUCCAUCUCCAAAUGCAUUCGCUUUCGGACAGAGAAGACAGUUUGCGCACCACUGAAUGAGUUUAAAAAGGCUGUUUACGAAUGACUCCAACUACAGCUUCAGAGAAAAUUCCAUGGAUGACCUUAAAAGAUACACCGGAGAUCAUCUGUAAAGGAAUAAGGUGUAAUUACGGAAGAGAAAAGCAGCAGAUGACUGACGUAUCCUGUAGAUUUGACCUCACACGGUUUUACCAUAUGGAUUGUGCGCCGCUGAGCUCGGAGAAUAGCAAUGCACUGAUGCCGUCAACUUUAAUCAUGGGUGAUUUAAAGAUUAGCAAACAAUGUGUGGAUGUCAUCUGUCCCUUCCUCUCUGGGGCGUCUCUCUAUCUCUUUCACUCUCUGCUUUAAAUGUCUGUCUCUAAAUCUCUAAUGGAUAUAUCAUUUCUAUCAAUACUUUAUUUUGACUGUAAAUUGACACUUGGAGUGUUGAGUUAGAUAGGAAAUAAAGGGUGUGUCCAUGUAAAUGUGUA